AUGGAGAAAAGUAAGCUUAAGACAGUUUUAAGUAGAGUUCCGGGUAGAAUUGGUUUGACAACUAGUCUUUGGAGAGCUUUAACCAUUGAAGGUUAUAUUUGCUUAACAGCUCACUAUGUUGAUGUGGAUUGGGUUUUGAAAACGAAGAUCAUAUGCUUUAGUGCUUUCCCCCCUCCACAUACGGGUGUAGCUAUAACAAUGAAGAUAAGUGAGUUGUUGAAAGAUUGGGGAAUAGAGAAGAAAGUUUUUACUAUAAUAAUAGAUAACGCUUCUGCAAAUGAUAGCAUGCAAGGAGCUUUGGAUAAGAUUAGGGAUAGUGUCAAGUAUGUGAGGGGAUCUCAGACUAGAGAAAAUUUGUUUCAAAAUUGUAUGGAAACAGUUGGAAUUCAAGCUGAAGCAGGUCUGAUUUCAGAUGUUGCAACUCGUUGGAACUCCACUCAUUUGAUGCUCUCUAGAGCAAUACAGUUUAAGGGUGCCUUAUGCAACCUUGCAGAGGUUGAUAAGAGUUUGCCAUCAGAUUUUGAAUGGGAGAGAGCAGAAUUGAUAUGUGAACUUUUGCAACCGUUUGCUGAGCUUACAAAGAUGAUUUCUAGUUCAUCAUAUCCGAUAGCUAACUUGUAUUUCAUGCAAGUGUGGGCUAUUAAAUGUUGGCUGAGAGAUCAUGAUGAUUCUAGUGAUCCAGUUAUUUGUGAUAUGGUUGAGAAUAUGAAUGAGAAAUAUUGGGAAGAAUUCAGUGUCACGAGCUGA